AUGGCAUUCAAGUCAAUCAAAUAUAAGCUGGGUUCCAAGGGCUAUCAUCGCCAGGCUACCUCAUUUUUUGAUAGUUCCUACAAUUAUUUAAGGCAGAACCAGGCGGUGUUCCAUUUAGAUGGUUCUGCUCCAUACCCUAACGGCUCGGGAAAUCAACCUCAUCCUGUCGUUGUUGCUAAUACAAACUUUAAUCUAGUCGAUGAUGUUCUAUAUAAAGAUAAUCAAAAUCAAUUGCAACCGUUGUUCAAUGGUCAAUUUACUACAAUUCAAAAUCAAUCAACAACAACGACCCCCAUGACUGCAGUAGCCACUACUUCACAAACAGUUAGACAAACUGCUCAAAAUAAGAAAUUUGGCAUCAUUAAGAAACAAAAUCAAAACGUCUUAUCCCUUAAUGAAAAAUUAGCCAAGAGAUUAUAUUCUACAACAAUUACCACUUCCACUUUAUUGGAUGGUAAACUUAUCAUUGAUGAUUCAAAAAUUCCAAUUAAUGAAACUGAACCAACGCCGUCAGAAAAUGAUUUCCCUUGGGAAAAAGAUACUGAAUUAUCUUUAAAUAAGAAUACUUUUUUGAAUACUCAUAUUAAUGAAAUUACUAAAUGUUAUCAAAAUGGUGAUCUUAACAAGAUUAAUUCUCUAUAUCAUUCUUUGAAACGUAAUAAUGUUAUACCGCCAAUGGGAAUUUAUGAAGUUGUAUUGAAUUCCAUUGCUGAAAGAAAAUUGGAUGAAAAUGAUCUAGAUAAUAAGAUGUUUGAAAUGUUAACUUGUUACCAGGAUAUAUUAUCUAACAAGAUGAAACCUUCCGCCAUUGUUUACAACAUUUUAUUAAAUUCUUUGUUUAAGAGUUCAAUUUUAGCCAUUCAGUCCAGAAAUAGAAACGGAUCCGAUUUCUUUAAGAUUGCCAUCGAAUUGUUUAAAACUGUCACUACAACAAGUAAUAUCCAAUUGGAUAGAGACGUUAUCAGUCACACGUUAUUGGCUGUUAAUUUAUACCCUGGUUAUAUCUCUAUUAAUGAACUGAUCACUUUCUUAAAUUCAUCUCCAUUUGUGACAAAGAAUAUAUUCUAUUACGUCAGUCUGAUCAAUUAUUCAAGAUUGUCUGGUAAUAAUCCACUUAUUAAAGAAUUAUUUCAAGAUUUCCAAAUGGGUCUUCAAACGGAAGAAAACUCUAAAACUAAUAUAUUGCAUGAGGACCGAGUUAAAGUGGAGGCUUCUGUUAUUUCUGGUUUAGUGGAAACUGGUGACCUUGAAAUGGCUUCCUCAUUAUUGAAUACUUUAAUCAACCAAAUAAGAGAUACAAAUGGACUAUCUUCUGAUAUAUCACUUCUCUUGUCAAGUUUCUUAAUCUCCAUGUCCAAGAUUGAUCCAUCAAAGGCAUAUCAAAUGUGGAUGACAUUCCAUCAACAACAAUGGAUUCCAGAAUUCUCAUACGAGUUUUAUUUGCAACAAAUGGUAAAUUCUUUCCAGGAUUGGAACAUAACAAAGACCAUAUAUGAUUAUAUUUUCCCCAUGGACCGUUCAUUUAAUACCAAGAGGGAACAAUUAGAGGAUUACAUAUUGUAUCCAAUGAACAUGGAUCUUGUUUUAAACUCAUUAAUGGAUUAUGCCUUACAAUUGAACGAUACUGAAAUUAUUAUGAAACUAAUUGAGGAAUCUAAGAUAAAAUCAUUCACAUUUGAAGCUUCUCUUUACCCAUUAAUAUUUAAGUACUUGAAAGAGGGAAUUAAUUAUCCAGAAGAAUAUAUAUUGCAAUUUAUUGAAGCACAUGGCAAAUUAUUCGAUCCAUCCACAACAGUGGCCCUCAAUUUCAUGAAUUCCAUUACAGAUGCAUUUUCUUCCCAAACUUUGUUAAGAAAAAUAGCUGAGAUGCCAUUUUUCAUCGAAAACUUGAGAGAUCUGACUUUUGAAAUUCCACCUUCCUAUUCCGGUAAAAGGGAUGAAUUUCAAAAUAGAUUUAGAGGUGUCAUGAAAAUCAUUGAAAAUAUAUGGAUCACACCAAAGACUAUUGAAUCAUAUCCAAACAUUUUAGAAAUAUAUGCUAUUCUGUUGACCAAACUAUUUAAUGCUGAGUUGAUUCCUAUUCUACCUCAUGCUCCAUCAUUUUUGAAUAACUUUGUCAAUGAUUCCAUUACCCAUUUCAAUAAAUUAAUCAAAAAUUAUAUGGUAUUUAAUCUAGAUCCUUCCGUCUUACCAACAAUAGUACCUGAAGUGGUCAAAUUGGUGGAAACAUAUGAUGCAGAAGAAGGCGAUCCAACAAUUGAUUCAUAUUUUAUCAAUCCUCAAUCAAGAGACUCAACAGGAGCUUUGAACCUUGGUGGUGCUCUUAGAAAUUCUUUUAAAGCAGGCCUUAAAGAAUACAAGAAAUAUCUGGAUAUGGGACACACUUUCUCUUAUGACACUUACAAAACUUUAAUAGCCAAUAGGUAUUUGGAUAAAGAAAUCAUUAUUAGAUCUUUUGAAACGGUGCCAGAUUUUGAGGAAACGAAGAAAUUGGCUAAUUUAAUUGUUAAACAGUGUAAUUUGAAACAAAUUGAUGAACUUAUCAUACCGCAUCCUCUUUUCAAAGAUAAAAUCCUUCCACUUUUAAACCCAAUAUCCCUUUUAAAAUUGGCCAAAUAUACCGCUUCAGUCAAAGAAUUUAUAAGUGUGAUCAAUUUCCCACACAAUUUCAAAAGUAUAUCAUCUCAGGUGGAAUUCCAUGAAACAAUUGCCUUUUUAUAUAAGAAAUUGUUUGUUGAUUUGAAAGACUAUUCUACUAUAAUUGAGUAUAAUGAAGUUUGUCCAAUCGUCGAUUUAGAAAUUUUAUUAUUAUCAUGCAUUCGCUCUGGUACUUAUGAACAAUUCGAAGUCUUUUUCAAUAAAUACAAGAACUCUCCUGAAUUAAAGGGAAAGGUUAGCACAAUUGAGGCAAAGUAUUUAAUUAAUUUGCAAGAAAUUGAUUCUGCCAUCAAGCUACUUGAAACCAAUGAAUGCUCGUCUGAAAGGUCUAUAGAUCUGAUGACUUUUGCCCUGUUCUUAAAAAGUUUCACAGAAGACGUUAGGUCAGAUAAUGCAUCCAAGAAAGUCAUGACAACUUUACAAUUGGCAAAUCUUUUGUCCUCUCAGAAUAGCUUUGCCCAUCUGUUAUCUGUUUACGAAGUAGUCAUUAACGGAAAGCCAGCUAAUUCCCAUCAUUUCCUUACUGAUCCAUCUGCAAAUGUAAUUAUUCUCGACCAGAUGUUAAACAACUUACAUGAUGCUCUUCAAUUUAUUGAUUGUCAUGAUACAAUAGCUAGAGAGAUGCUUUCCAACAAAAUGAAAAUUUUUUUUAGAUUUAAGGCAUUGCUAAAGCUACCACAGUUUAAAAUGCAAGAUAUGGAAAUGUUAAUUCAUAUUUGGUCAGUCACUAAACCACAUGAGAUAGUUUGUCUCUUCAAUAACAUAUUCGAAACUAUUCGUUUAAACCCUGCAUUAAGAAGAAUAAAUUUAUCUAACGAUUUAAUGUUUGAUUACACACCUACUGGUUUGGAAACAGUAUUGAAUCAUAUAGAGACUUCUUUUGAGGACACAAAGGACGAAGAAGGCCUCAGAAAAAUGGAAAAAUUAAAAGUCUUUAUUAAGAAAAAUUGA